AUGAAUCAAGUGUUGCCAAAGUUAAUUAACCCCUAUCAAACUGGCUUUCUUCCUCAUCGUCUGAUCUCUGACAAUGGCUGGCUAAAUCAGUUGUUGAUGUCUCACUUGCGUGUUGUUGCUCCUGAUUUGCCUCAAGUUGCUGUUUUGUUGGAUCAAGAAAAGGCGUAUGAUUGGGUUCAUCCUGAGUAUCUUUGUCGUGUGCUGCUUCAGUUUGGUUUUCCUGGUGAUUUGUCUCUCACUACGGUGGUCCGUGAGUAUCUGGUGUCUUUUCGCCCUGGUGUUGCCUGGUCUACUUUGUGUCUUUCUCGCAAGUUUGGUGGUGUUGGUUUGGUAGAUAUAGCAGAUCAAAGCUUAGCUUUGCAUCUUGUCUAUUUGCAGCGUUUGUUGCGUCCACCCUCUCCCAAUGAUUUUGUCUCCUCUUGGCUGGUGUAUGCCUUUGAAGUCUAUACUGGUCAUAAGUCCAUCUUACCGUGGUUUUCUUUUCCUGGUCUGUAUCAGUCUCGUGUGUCUUCUAUGCCUAUUCUAAAACAUCUCGGAAAGCUUCUGUUGAGAUUGCCAAAGCUAGUUCCUUCCUCUGGUUGGUCUGCUCAGUGGUAUCUUGAUCUUUCCUUGUGUUCUGUACUUAAUACUCUGCCUUCUGUUUGUCCUCCUCGUGAUCCAUCAUCUCUUGAUCCUCGUUUCGUGGUGUCGGAUCUCUCUUUCUGGCAACCUGAUCUUGGUAUUGUUGAUACUGUCACCUCUCAUCUUGCCCGGUCCUCUCGUGUUUUGCGCCCUGUGUUUCUUGCUCUAAACCGUGAUCGUGGUCCUGUCUCUCUGGUUUCCCGCUUUUUAUAG